AUGAUUGGAUAUUGGUGGCAUCCGGAUGUAUUUCCUUCCGAAUUCCUGGCUUCUCCGGCGGAAUUCACCCACGUCAGCUUGCCUCCGCCAUCUGUGGCGUGUAUGAGUGCCCGUGAGGGUGUCAACCUAUUGCACUGCGAUGCGGAUGUUGAGAAACGAAUUGGGUCAGCACUCACCGUCUGCGAUGACCCUCCCAUGCUGCUCUCCAAGCUCUUGAGCACCACCAUUUUCGACAGCAUCAAGGAUCCCACUCUCCCACAAGGGAUCGUUUCUCCCAGCCAUUCCGUAUUGGCAAACUACCGAUUAUCUUCCAUACAAUUGGACGAAAUCUUCUUUAUCUGGAAUCGACGAGGUGAUGCCCGGGAAGCCGUUUGUGAGUGGAUUGUCGACAACAUGGACCAUUUGGAGGAACUAAUCCCACGGACGUACCCACGAGCAUUCCAAAAGAAGGAUCAUGCCCCACUCAUGUACGCAUCUACUCUUCUGGGUGCCAUUGUGGUUGUAUUGGUUUUGGUGACUCUUUUCUUGGUGCACCGAAAUCAGAACCGCCGUUCUGUCAAGUAUUCACAGAUUGAGUUCUUGGUCUUGUUGCUGGUUGGGUCGCUUUUUAUUGGCGUGGGGGCCAUUGUCAUUGGAAUCCCUUCCACGAAUGCCUCCUGCAUUGUCGAGGUGUGGUUGAUCAACAUUGGGUAUACACUGGAACUGGUUCCUCUGAUUGUCAAAGUGGCUGCGGUGAACCAUAUCAUGAGUGUUGGCAAGAAAAUGCGCCGAUCUCGGCUCGAUCGACGUUACUUGUUUGGUGUUGUGGCAACAAUCUGCACCCUAUUGGUUAUCUUUCUCAUUUUAUGGUCCGUACUGGAUACACCCAAAGUCAUGCAGGAAUACGAACUGACAGAAACCAAAAAUGAAGAUGGGGAAACGAUCGUGUGGGUAUUGGAUGUUUGUGGCUCCGAGUCCAAUGCUUGGGUAAUCAUCAGCGUUGGGUGGAACGCGCUGCUCCUGCUAUGUACAACAACCUUGGCUGUGCAGAUGAGGAAAGUGGGAAUGGAAGGCUUUCGUGAGACAGGAACACUAGCUCUGCUUGUGUACUCCCAUUCUGUCUUUGUGGUCCUUCGGCUCUUUACCUACCUCCUGUCAUCGGUGAUGAAGGAAUAUUUCCUGUCCUACUGUCGCAGCUUCCUGUUCAGUGUGGACACCCUUUCCACCCUUGUCAUCUAUUUUAUCCCUAAGUUGUUUGGUGAGGAUAUUCAACGCCGGGGGUCAACAAUUAGCAUUGCUUCCCUACAAUGGACUGCCAAUCUCAGUGACAACAAUGCACCCCCAUGGAUUCAGAAACAACCGGGAUCAUCUGAUGGCAUGCAAGAGUGGAGUGACGAGCCAUUUUCAGGACAUUUGAUGACAUCGACUGCUAAGAGCAAUACCGGCAGCAGACCAAGGGAAAUCAGUCAAGAAGUCUGUGUGACAUCUGCAUCGGGGAGCACUAGGCGGCAAGACAGCAUCCAAGAGAUGCCACACGAUAUUGAUCUUGAUAUGGACAAUCCCUCCUCUGUUGUUUUGGACAUUAAGCAAAGCGAGGCAAGCGCUGUAGAAGAGUUUUUCGUUGAGACUGGCAAUCUCGACGAUGGCAACCAGAGCGGGUCUUCAAGCCCCCUACAGGAGCAACCUCAAAGAGCGGACGCAACCAGAGUGAGUAAAUCAGAAGGCAACGAUAUCGGACAGUGGCAGCUAAAGGAAAGGAUAAGGCUUCUAGAGAAGCAGAAUGAAACUCUGGAAAAAGAGAUUACCCACUUCACGAGAAACCAAGCCAAGGACAAGACUAAAGAUGCAAUGCAAUGGUAG